AUGGCCCCUUCAUCAGAAACCAAUACAAAAGUCACCAAUGGGGAUGCCAAGCAUCUCAAACCAGUAGAAGGAGAAGAUAGCCUCGAGUUUGCCAUGGAAACGAUGGGUUCUGUUGUGCUUUCAAUGGCUUUGAGGUCUGCUAUGGAGCUUGGCGUCUUUGAUGUCAUAGCCAAAGCCGGUGAAGGUGCCAAGCUCUCUGCAAAUGAUAUUGCAGUUCAGAUUGGCACCAACAACCCUGAAGCACCUUCAAUGCUGGAUCGUCUUCUCAGGCUGUUGGUUAGUCACUCUGUGCUAUAUUCCUCUGUUCAUGAAGAUCCACAAAACCUUGGGUUGCCUCAGAGGUUCUACAGCCUCUCCCAUGGGUCCAAAUAUUUUGUCACUGAUGCUGAUGGUACGUCAAUGGGACCCACGUUAGCAUUGCUUCUGGACAAGGUGUUCUACCAAAGCUGGAGCGAGCUAAAAGGAGCGAUCAUGGAAGGAGGUAUACCAUUCAACAGGGCUUAUGGGAUGCAUGCCUUUGAGUAUCCAAGUGUGGAUCCCAGGUUCAAUGAGGCUUUCAACGAAGGUAUGCUCAACUCCACAAGUAUAAUUAUGAAGAGGAUUCUUGAAGUCUACCAAGGUUUUGAACACGUAACUAGACUUGUUGACGUUGGUGGUGGACUUGGGGUCAAUCUCAAAUUGAUAACAUCCAAAUACCCUCAUGUCAAGGGUAUUAAUUUUGACUUGCCUCAUGUCAUACAACAUGCCCCCCUCUGUGCUGGUGUGGAGCAUGUUGGAGGAGAUAUGUUUCAAAGCGUUCCCACCGGAGAUGCCAUUUUUAUGAAGUGGAUACUUCAUGAUUGGGAUGAUGAACACUGCUUGACGCUCUUGAAGAAUUGCUACAAAGCUAUUCCUGAUGAUGGAAAGGUUAUUGUGGUGGACUAUAUUCUGCCCGUUGUGCCUGAGACAACAACUACUGCCAAAACUGCUUUCCGAUCUGACCUCUUGAUGAUGACUCAAAACCCUGGUGGGAAAGAGAGGACCCUUCAAGAGUUCAUGGAAUUAGCUAAAGGAUCUGGAUUUAGUGGCAUCACAUCCGUAUGCUGUGUCUCUGGCUACUCGGUUAUGGAGUUCUUCAAAUAGCAACACGUGCACUGGUUUUGGCUCAAAUCUUUGUUCUUUUUAUCGGUUAUGGCAUUUUACAUAGCAUGGAAUAAUGUGGGUGUUAGAACUUGUGUAUUUUUUUUUUUUUUUGUAAAGAGAACUUGUUUUUUCAUUUACAAAUAAUUCAUGAACAUAUAAGAAUUCUAGCAUAUCUUGCUUAUUAAGGCUAUGCAGAUGUAAUUUUAGGGUAUGAAAAUUGUAUCUUAUAACAUGGAGUACUGGAUCCUCAGAACAACUU